AUGGCUACUUCAGGACCGUUCAAUGCGCCAGCAGUGGUCCUGGAAGGCUUCAAGGAGCGCGCGGAGUCGCUGGCCGUCCAAGGCGACAAGCUCUUUGUCGGCACUUCCAUCGGAAAUUUAUACGUGUACUCUUUUGGAGAAGGAGGAGGUCCUGCGGAGCUCGCGGAUACCAAGAAAUCGUUGUGUCGGCGGAGUAUAGACCAGAUAUCCUACGUCAAGGACGUCAACUCUCUGGUCAUUCUAUCCGAAACCCUGCUUACUUUAUUCCCCUACCCUUCGUUCACCCCACAUACCCCGCUGGUGAAGACCAAGGGUGCCGUAUGCUUCGCGGUACACACGUGUAUCGAGUACUCCGGCGGACAUGACGGAGGAGGAUUGGGCUCUCCUGGGAAAGGCAAGGAAGUACCUUCGGUGGUCACCAAGCUGGCGGUGGGCUGCAAGCGCAAGAUCGUGAUAUAUUCGUGGAGGGACGGAGAGCCUCAGGAAGCUCAGGAAAUCGUUGCUCUUGCCCAUUCACCGCGAGCCAUCGCGUUUGUCAAUGGGGAAACCCUGUGCUGGGGACAUACUCCCUCGGACUACUGCCUCACCUCCCUGAAGACGUCCAUAACCAUCGAUGUGACGACCCCUAUCCCCACCGGAACGUCUGGAAGCAGUAUUGGAGGCAUGAGUCGCACCGCCCUCACCGGUCUGGGUGGAUACAUGACGUUGGGUCUCGGUGCGAAGGCUAAGCCUAACGUGAUAAAUGUGCGCGACGACGAGGCUCUCAUCGCCAAAGACAACACUGGCUUCGCCGUAGGCACAGAAGGGAAGACUGUCCGAAGCGAUUCCAUUGACUGGCCGGCAUCACCAGAAGAUCUCGCGAUUGUCAAACCCUACGUGUUCUCCAUUCUCCCAUCUGGUUCGGUUCCCAUCUCCCAGCUUCCAGGCUCGUCCACCGCCACCGCAUCGACAUUCGUGCCCUCACCGGUCAUCGAGAUCCGCUCUUCCCUAUCAUUUUCCCCCGUACAAACAAUACCCUUCCCGCCAAGUUCCGAGGAUACCCAGGCCACCACCGCAACACACACCGUACGCUUGCUCAGUCCAUCGCCAGGAUCGAAGUCUCCUCUGUUCGUCCUCACCACGCCUGUCGACCGCGUGGCAGCGACGGCAGCAGGUAGUGCGAUUUGGUGCUUCCGUAUGAAGCCAUGGAUCCAGCAGAUCGAUGAGCUCAUUGACGCGGGCUGCUACGCUGACGCUUUAUCGCUGCUGGAGUCUCUCGAUGCUGCACUGAUUGUGGACAAGGAGAAACGACAGCGACAGGUUCGGGCCCUCCAGGCUGUCGAUGACUUCCGCAACGCAAAGUACAACGAAGCCAUCGACGCCUUCAUCGAGCUAGACAUCAACCCCGCCAAAGUGGUUGCCCUUUACCCGGAGAGCAUCGCAGGCCGGUUAUCCGUUCCCCGGGACGAGUGGAUUCCGUUGUUUGGUGGACCGAGGCUGGUCAAAGUCGAAUGCCCAUCACCGCCGACUGCAUCUACCGAUGACGCCGCGAGCAAGGCCCAAGACCCAGAGGGCGUCUCCCAGAGUCCGGACACGUCCUCGCCUCGAGUUCCUACACCUUCUGGUUCCGUUCGUGGACUCAGCGCGUUCAAGGGUCUAGAGGGCCUCAUGGGUGGUGCGAAGGACGACGACACCGCGUCUAUCCGAAGCGUCAAACGUCCUCCAAAGCCGGACAACUUCCACCGCUCCAUCGAGACCCUGAUGCGUUACCUCUCCGACCGGCGGCCGAAGAUCGCGGGUGCGCUCUCCGCAUUCCACAUCACGCCCACACAGUCGCACGAGAUGCCAGUGCUGUCCGCGACGUCGACCGCGGACCUGCUCGCGCUGCCGAGCGCGCCGCUCUCGCAGCUCACACCCGAGGAGCUCGUGCGCUUCGCGCAGAUCGUCGACACCGCGCUCUUCAAGUCGUACCUGCUCGUCCGCCCGGGGCUGCUGGGCCCGCUGUGUCGUGUGGGGUGGUGCGAGGUUUCCGAGGUGGAGGAACUGCUGAGGGAGCGUGAGAAAUAUCAGGAGAUGAUUUAUCUGUACGGCGGCAGGAAGAUGCACAACAAGGCACUGGAGCUGCUCAAGCAGCUCAGCGAGAAGGAGACGGACAUGCGCGACAAGCUGAUGCCCACAGUGAACUACCUGCAGCGGCUGGGUCCUGAACACCUGGAGCAGAUAUUUGGGCACUCUCGCUGGGUCUUCGAGCAGGAUCGCGAUACCGCGUUCGAGAUUUUCACCUCCGAAGAGGUUGAGCUUCCCAAAGAGCGCGUCGCGGACUUCUUGCAAAGCUUAGACAUGUCAAUAUGCGCGCGGUUCAUUGAAUUUCUCAUCGCCGAACGCGCAGAAACGUCUCAAGAGUUCCACGAUCGCCUCGCCGAGCUGUAUCUAUGCAUGACAAUGAAUGACAGGAGGCGUGGUGGUGAUGCGUGGAAAGGCAGCUACGAGAAGCUUCUGCACUUCAUCUCCGAUACGAGCAUCUACUCCCUCGAUCGCCUGUUUGGCUUGCUCCCAUCCGAAGACCUCUUCGAAGCGAAGGCCAUUCUUCUAGGUCGUCUCGGUCGGCACGACGCAGCGCUCGAAGUGUACGUCUACAAGCUCCAGGACUUCCCCAAAGCCGAGGACUAUUGCAAGCGCAUAUAUCAACCGCAUUCGCCCACUGCCUCCGUUUUCCUCACCCUUCUCCGUAUCUACCUCCUCCCCGGACCCGCCGCGCCUCCCGGUGGGGCAGCAACACUCCUCCCGCCUGCGCUCGCCCUCAUCAGCCGACACUCCCCGCGUUUGGACCCGGUUGCCACGCUGGAGCUCCUACCACCACUGGUGACCGCACGUGAUGUGGAGGCAUUCCUGCUCGAGGCACUGCACGCGCCGCGGUUCGACACGCGCGUGGUGCGGCACCUGCAAAAGGCACGCGAAGAGCAAGUCGCCCGCAAGCUAAUGGUACUGCAGUCGAAGCGUGUGCGGAUCACGGAAAGUAGGAUAUGCCCUCAAUGCCACAAACGCAUUGGGAACAGCGUCAUAGCCGUGCACUCCCCACACGGUGAAGUGACACAUUACCAGUGCCGCGAGUCUUUCGCUCGGAAGUUGAAGGAGACAUGGGUUUGA